GCCAGUCAGCAAAAGCCACGUCAGCUUUUCGUGAAAAUCCAUUCAAGAAAGUCCACGACAGACUUUGGUGCGCAGAAUUACAAGGUGAUUGAGAAAAUUGCGUGAGAUUAGGUUGAAUAAACCUGAAAAAACAGUGUAAAGGCAAUGAAGAAAAUUAAAGCCACAAAGCAAAUGGUCAACGAAGCGGAAGCAGCAAAAAUUGAGGCAUCGCUUCAAAUGGUUUAAUCAAAAGAAAAUCAGAUAAAGUUCAGAGCUCGUGCACAACUCACGGAAAUUCAAAUCGGGAGUUUUAUAAAAAUGAAAUUUUAAUUUUUGCUGAAGUUUUUAAAUAAUUAAUAAACCUACAUUACAUAAAUAAUUAAAUAAUAAAAAGUAAAUGGCACCUGCAAACGGAGUGCUGUUAACCAAGUGUGUGCCAAUAGGCGCGAGUUUAAAUAAUUUGAAUACAAAUAUGUUGCCCAAGUUGCGACCCGCCCCCCUUACAGCAGUGCUGCUAAAGGGCGGAUCGUCGCCCUCCAGUUCGGGCUACGCAUCCUCGUCAAACAGCGUGGCGGAUGAGGAGUCAAGCACAAUGGCCUCCAAUGUCUCUGCACCCUUAAAGGCCAAGAAGCGGCGUCUGGAUCAUCUAUCCUGGGAGGAGAAAGUACAGAGAAAGAAACUAAAGAAUCGUGUUGCGGCACAAACGAGUCGCGACCGGAAGAAGGCACGCAUGGAGGAAAUGGAAUAUGAAAUCAAAGAGCUAACUGAGAAAUCGGAAAUACUUCAGAACAAAUGUGAGAGCUUGCAGAGCAUCAAUGAGUCACUGCUGGCUAAGAAUCACAAACUGGACACGGAAGUGGAACUAUUGCGUCAGGAACUCGCCGAAAUGAAAGAGCUAGCCAAGAAGAAGAACAGCCAAAGUCACAGCAACAACAGCAACAACUGCGUCAAUGCAAACGCUGAUGGCUGUGCGUCCACACUCACUGGAUGCAGCAUCCAAUGCUGACCCUCUGCAGCAGGGUACACAAGUGGACACACAGUCGUCAGCGCUUGCCUUGGCGCCGAAAAUGUUGCAACAGCAGCUGAAACAGAGCAACACAACAGCCUCGCUCUGGAGAAUUGUGGCGCUAUGCCUUCUAUACAAGACAUGUUGCUCGUCGACGAUGAAGAGUUCGAUGCGCGGCGACUUGAAGAGCUGGCCGAGAGCCUGCUCGCAGAUAUCACAGCAGACCUGGAAACAGGCGGUGGCACAUGCGACCAAGCUGCUGCCAAAGAUGCAGGCGAGCCAGAGCGAUUGUCUGGAUCAGUGGUGGGGACCACAGCAGAGUGCAUGGAAUCCGGCGGAAAUAGAGCUGUUGGCUUAAUCGAUGAUGCAAUUACGAAGCCGCCAAUGCCCACUGAAAGAAUCACUAACAACAAUAACAAUGAUAACAGCCUGAGUAUGCAGGUGUCACAGAUAAAUGGAAACCUACAAACCAAAUCAAACCAAUCAACCAAGUCGACGACGACGACGAAGACAACAACUACAAUUUCAGCAGCUACAUUUUUGCAGAGCACAACACCGGAUACUGUGUAUGGCACCUAUGAUGCCAAGACCAACUCCAUCACCAUUGUCAUGGACGGCGAUGCGGUGCCGGUCAAUGAGGCCGUGGAGGUGAUCUAUGGCGAUGGCGUUAGCGCUGGAGACGACACCACAGAUGUGAUCAUGAAGUGUCCGCCGCCAGCGACAUCGCCAUCCCAGGUCUACCUCAAUGUGAUCAAUGCCACCGAGGACUCGGAUGAUGAAACAACCAGUCAUCUCAAUUUCGAGCCCAUUGAAAAAUUCCUCUACCCGCGAGUUAAGGCCAUCUCACCGCUGGCCAAGUCACCAGCGCAGUCCAUGCAUUCGGCCACUUCGGAUCAUGGCUAUGAGUCAGUUAUUGGCUCACCAACAUCUACAGCGCUGGCGAAUUUGGACACGGAUACGACAAUGCUCGCUGACGAUGAGGAUUUCCCCUGGGAGAGUAAUUUCGAUGAGCUAUUCCCCAGUUUAAUUUGAGUUCACUUCGAAUUCAGAGAGGCUUUUUUUAAACUUGAAUUUUUCAAAUUGAAAAAUAUGUUGGAUCCAACAAUAUCUCUUUCUUAACAAGUUAACUUAUGUUUAGUCUGGCCGGCCGCCCUCAUUUUAAGUUUAUAAGCUCCUAGUAAUAAGCAUGUUGUAGCUGUUGAAAAUGGGAAGAACUCAUGUUAUCCCAAACUGUAUAGAAUUUCGUCAUCGAUGACAUUACAUGAUAUUGGACUUUGAAAGUAAGCAUUAAACUAAGUUGUAAGUUUCUAUUUAUAUGUAACACCCGUCAUUCACAUAGGCUAAUAUCUUUUGUAAUUGUAAUAUUUCAAUGUGCUCAAAGAAUUAUCCCAAAAUAUACAAUAUAUAUGUAUAUUCAAAAUAUAUGAAGAACGCAACGGAAAA